CUUCAGCAUAUACCGGUCAUACAAGCAUCUUGCCAUGUCUUUUCGAAAGAGAAAUGCAGUGAUAUCUGCAUCUUCUUCGCCUCAGGCUGCUCAGACUCGACCAGAGGCGCAACUUGCGCCAGGGCUGCGGCCAUCGCCCCUCGACGGGCGGGUCACCACCUCUACAGGCACCGCGUCCCUGGACAGUAUUCUUGCUGGACACGCCGGCCUGCCGCUUGGCUCGUCUCUUCUUAUUGAGGAGCAUGGGACGACAGACUUCUCGGGGACCCUGCUCAAAUACUACGCUGCCGAGGGGCUCGUACAAGGCCAUCAAGUACAUGUUCUUGGUUAUCCCGAAGUGUGGAAACACGAGUUGCCAGCCGUGUCUACCAGACAAAACAUAAAUCCCAAGAAAGCAUCGGACCAUACAGAUGAGAAGAUGAAGAUUGCAUGGAGGUACGAGAGCCUUGCUAGUAGGAAUUCACAUAGCAGUGGGCCAAAGGACGUAGAUGAUGAUAUGAAGGCUGUCUUCUGCCAUGCCUUUGACCUUACAAAGAGGCUCGCGGCGUCAUCCAUCGUGGGCACAAUGUUCGCAACUCCGGCGGCCACCCCCAUGAGCCCUGCCCUUGAGGCUAGAGAAACACCAUCUGCGUUCAAGCUGUUCAUCAAGGACUUGCAGCAAAAACUUCACGUUUCAGCUCCCUCAACGAUUCACAGGGCAGUCAUCCCUAAUCUCUUGACACCAUCACUCUACGCACCAAGUGCGUGUCAGCCGGUCGAGGUCCUACAAUUCCUGCACGCCCUCAGGUCCUUGUUGCGCCAGUAUCCUGGACAGCUGACGGCUCUCAUCACGUUACCCGUCUCACUGUUUCCACGAACCAACGGCAUGACAAGAUGGACGGAACUCUUGUCGGAUGGUGUUCUGGAGAUGGUCCCGUUGCCACCAAAGCUCGGUGCCACUCCGCCAUCGUCUGGAAGCGGCCCAAAAGUCCAGGAUCAAAGUCAAGGCAUCUUGAGGGUCCACAGCCUACCUGUGUUUCACGAGAGAGGAGGCGGUGGUGCCUCGAACAACCACUUCCGAGAGGACCUGUCAUUUCACAUGAGUAGCACGAAGGGUUUAGUUAUCCAACCCUACGUACUGCCGCCAAUGGAGGAGGAAGACCACACGGAGAAAUCACCUGCAAGUACCGUCAAGGAUGGAAUCGAAUUUUGA